CUGAACGCGCCGACCCGAUACCGCUGCUUAUCGUGGAAACGUAGAGCGUCCCCCGACUCCAAACUUCUCGACAGUAGGUGGCAAUCUCUUCCUGCGCCUCAUCUUCACGUAUCGACGAUUGGAGCGAGCAAACUACCUACCCGAUGUUGCGACACUACUGGAAGGCGUGGGACUCAAUCAUUUCGAAAGUAGUUUUCUCCUGCGCUGACUGGUUAGGCUGGGAGCUCGACCCGCUGAGCCCCACCACCUCACAUUUACCCGCCAUAACCUCACCAACUCCUCUGAUCACCAGCCUUCUCGUGUACUUGGUCACGGUCGUUGUAUCGUACCGCGUCUUAUCCGCAACAACAAACACAAAGAUUUGGGAUCCCACAUGGUUAAAAGCAUCGGUGAUUUGCCACAAUGCAUUCCUCAUAUUACUAAGUUUGUAUAUGUGCAUCGGUUGUAUCGUCGAAGCAUACAAAAGUGGAUAUAAGCUAUGGGGAAAUAAGUUCAACGUGAAUGAAAAGCAGCUUGCGUUUUACAUCUACCUCUUUUACGUGAGCAAGAUAUAUGAGUUCGUUGAUACAUUCAUAAUGCUACUGAAGAGAAACUUACGCCAAGUAAGCUUUUUGCAUGUCUACCAUCACAGCACUAUUUCGUUUAUAUGGUGGAUGAUCGCACGUCGAGCUCCGGGUGGGGAUGCUUACUUCAGUGCAGCACUGAACUCUUGGGUACACGUGUGCAUGUACACGUACUAUCUGCUAUCGGCUCUGAUCGGGAAAAACAACGACAAACGUGUUAAGUACCUUUGGUGGGGUCGACAUUUGACGCAGAUGCAGAUGCUUCAAUUUCUAUGCAAUCUGUUACAGGCCGUGUACUGUGCAUAUUUUUCAGAAUACCCGAAGUUCUUGUCAAAGAUACUCCUUUUUUACAUGAUUAGCCUGCUGGCGCUGUUUGGACAUUUCUAUUACUCCAAGCACAUCGCCACCGCGAAGCUCAGGAAAAAACACACCAAGAAGGCGUGAUAGCAAGAAGAGAAAUGCUGUAGAGAUAAUUUCGCAAAUAUAUCACUGUCUCUGUACGAUUUCUCAUCUAUGGGACGAACUGCGCGACUUCGACUUGUUAAGCGGCAAAAUUGUUAAUAAGAAAUCUUUAACGGUACGUCGAGCUUUCAAUAGCUCUAUGUGAGGGCCAACUCGAAUGUUUACUUCAUGCCCUUUGCUAGCAAACCUAAACCACCAGCUUUCUCCCGCUUUUUGCUCGCCUUUCCCAAAACUGGCUUCGAUUUGCCCUGACGUUUGGUCGCAAGUUUCAUUGCAUUGGCGAUGCCAUCUUCUGAAGAUUCGUUCAACGCAUCAAAAAGAAACUGCAAUGCACAGCACUCUUCGGGAGUGAGAUCAGGAUGCCAGAAACGAACUAUGAGAACGUAACGUGUUUGUGUUCGGCUUUCAUUCGCGGUACUGUGUAUGAAACUUGUAUCUGCGAUCAUACCACGACCAUUCAUCCAUUCACGUUUAAACUCCCCGACUU